AUGUUCAUCUUAGGGCUGUUGCUACUGCUGCUGCUCGCCUGGAUCUGGCAGCGCUGGCACUUCGGUUACUGGCAGCGCCUGGGCGUACCUCAAACGCCCGCCACGCCCUUUGUGGGCAAUGUCUGGCGCCUGCUGCGCGGCUGCUGUUGCUUUGGCGAUCAGUUUCGCGAGCUGUACGAGAGCGCCGCUGCCAAAGGUGAGGCCUAUGUGGGCAUCCAUGUGCUGCACAACCAUGCGCUGCUGCUGCGUGAGCCGGCGCUAAUCAAGCGCAUUCUCGUCGAGGACUUUGCGCAGUUCUCGAGUCGUUUCGAGACUACAGACGCCAUCGGCGACACGAUGGGCUCCCAGAAUCUGUUCUUCUCCAAGUACGAAAUGUGGCGCGAGACGCACAAGAUAUUUGCGCCCUUCUUUGCUGCGGGCAAAGUGCGAAACAUGUUCGGACUGCUGCAGCAGAUUGGCCAGCAGUUGGAGCAGCAUAUGGCCAGGCAGUUGGCAGCAUCGGGCUCAUUGGCGACCGCAUUCGAGCUGGAAGUGAAGCAGUUGAGCGCGCUCUUCAGCACGGAUAUAAUUGCUUCGUUGGCUUUUGGGCUGGAUGCCAACUGCCUGCAGCAGCCGGACGCCGAGUUUCGCCGCAUGUGCAUCGAGGUGAAUGAACCGCGGCCGAAGCGCCUCUUGCAUCUCUUUACCAUGUUCUUCUUCCCUCGCUGCUCGCGCCAACUACGCACACAUCUCUAUUCGGAGGAGUACGAACGCUUCAUGCGCAAGUCUAUGAACUGGGUGAUGGAGCAGCGGGCGGCUAGUGGCGAGCAGCGUCACGAUCUGAUUGACAUAUUCCUGCAGCUGCAGCGCAACCAGCCGCCGGAGAGCGUAGUGCAUCGACGUGACUUCUAUGUGGCCCAGGCGGCAUUCCUGCUGCUGGCCGGCUUCGACACCUCCUCCUCGACCAUAACCUUCGCACUUUACGAGCUGGCCCGCCAGCCGGCCAUACAGCAGCGUCUUCGGCAAGAGUUGGCAGCGGCGCUGCUGGGCUGCGUCUCUGGCCACCUAGACUAUGAGACGCUCAGCGGUUUGCCCUAUUUGCGGCAGGUGGUGGACGAGGUCUUGCGUUUGUAUCCGCCCACAGCAUUUCUGGAUCGUUGCUGUAACGCCAAGGCGGGCUACGAUUUGUCCGCUUGGGGUAGAGGCAAACCCCUGCGCUUGCCACCAGGCACGCCCGUCUACAUCUCUGUGCUGGGACUGCAUCGCGAUGAGCAGUAUUGGCCGCAACCGCUGAAAUUUGAUCCGGAGCGUUUUGCGCCGGAGCAGCGAGCCCAGCAUCAGCCCAUGACGUAUUUGCCCUUUGGCGCUGGUCCGCGUGGCUGUCUGGGCACCAUGCUUGGCCUGCUGGAGAUCAAGGUGGGUCUGUUUUACAUACUGAAGAACUAUCGCGUGGAGAGUUGUCCGCGGACACUGCCGGAAAUGAAGUUCGAUGCGAAAUCCUUUGUCCUGACAGCUGCGGGCGGCACCUAUUUACGCUUCAUCCACGAACCGCUAUGAAAAGAGGAGCUAAACAAUAAAUUUACUUUUUUCUAUA